AUGGUAGAACAACUUGAAAACACCAAAAAAACUGGAUCCGAAAUUGACAUCAACAAUGCAAAGUUAAUAACAGACAAGCAACACCCCGAAGUGGAAAAAGGACAGGCAUACAAAGACAAAGAAACUCUAAAAAAUGUCCUCAGCUACUACGCAAUCAAAAACAACUUUCAGUACAAAGUGUGGAAGUCCUGCUCUCAAGAAUACAGUCUGAAAUGUGUUUAUGAAAGCUGCAAUUGGUCACUAAGAGCAUCGAGAAAUGGGCCAACAAACACAUUCAUAAUCAGGAGGUUCUCAAAUAUGCACACAUGCCCCAUAAAUAUAAGGCAUGAAGACCAAAGGCAAGCAACAUCGAAACUGAUAGGGGAAUGCAUAAAACCGAAGUUCUUGAACAUAAAGACCAAGGCAACAGCGAUGGACAUAAAAGGGGAGUUGAAAUACAGAUUUGGCAUCAAAAUGAACUAUAUGAAAGCUUGGAGAAGUAAGGAACAUGCAGUAAACGACUUGAGAGGAAAUGCUAGUGACUCGUACAGCCUAAUACCGAGUUUCUUACACAUGGUGGAAAAAACAAACCCUGGAUCAUUUGUGGAUCUGAAAACGGCAGAAGACAACAGCUUGCUCUUUGUUUUCAUGGCGUUGGAUGCAUCCAUAAAAGGGUGGGGAGCAUGCAGACCGAUAGUUGUUGUGGACGGAACGUUCCUCAAAGCAGCUUAUGGGGGAACUUUGUUGUGCGCAUGCACACAAGAUGCAACGGAGUCAUAUUUUUCCACUAGACCUCAUCAAAGCAAUGAGAGAAAUCUAUCCGUAAAUUGCACACGAUUCUGCGGUUACCACAUUUUGAGCAACCUUAAAACAAGCUUCAAACAACAUGCUGCCAAAUACAAUCUGCCAUUCUUUGGAGCAGUGAAAGCCUACACAGAAAAGCAAUUCGAGUUCCACAUGGCUGAAUUGGAUGGAUUGGACAAACGCAUAAGACCUUACCUCAAAAAAAUCGGGUAUGAAAAGUGGUCAAGAAUUCAUAGCCAAAACAAGAGGUAUUCCACAAUGACCUCAAACAUAUCAGAAUCACUGAACGCUGCAAAUUUGGCAGCAAGGGAGCUACCCAUUACAACGCUGCUAGAAUGCUUGAGAGCAUUGGUGCAACAAUGGACGCAUACUAAUAGGACAAAAGCACAAAACACCUUCACUAAGCUAUCACCAACUGGAGAAGACAUACUGUUGAAAAAUUACACAUACUCAUUGAAUCUGGAGGUUAAAGCAACAACAGAUUACUUGUUUGAGGUAACAAGAAUGAAAGAAUCGUGGGAAGUAGACCUAGAAAAAAGAACAUGCACGUGCAACAGGUUCCAAAUAGAUGAAAUGCCAUGCGGGCACGCGAUGGCCGUGAUGAGGAGAUGAACAUGGACCCGUACACCUACUGUUCAGAUUACUACACAAAAAAAAAUUGGCUGGCAACUUAUUCAGGGACAGUUUACCCAAUAGGACACCAAAGUGAAUGGGAGGUACCGGAAGAAGUGAAAAAUAUUACAGUCUUGCCUCCACAUGAAAGAGUAAAAUCAGGAAGACCAAAAACAUUAAGAAGGAAGGCUGGAUGGGAAAGGGAUCAACACAACAAGUGCAGCAAAUGUGGAGAACUGGGGCAUAACAAAAGAACAUGCAGCAGAAGACGUAGAAGGGAAUGAAAACAACAACAGAACAACAGUGGAAAAACAAAAGAAAACUACACAUACGUUAUGAGAAUUAGAUAUUGAGGAAUUUAAAUUUCUGAAAUACACAGGGAAUACAGUUUUUUAUUUGAAAAACAUUGAUUACAUUGGGAAUUGUUGAUACUCUAGAUUGGAUAUUAAAAGAUGUUGGAUACUAAAUUGAAUAUAUAUAUGAAGUUUGUUAUUGAAACAGUUUGUGUUUUUAAUACUGAAAUGAAUAUUUGGAUUCAAAAAAACAGAGAAACUAUAAGAAAAAAAAAACAAAAAAAGAAUGGAUCUGAAAUGAAAAAACAAACAACUUUAACAUA